AUGGCGAAAUCAGUCAGUAUCCUCGGCCUCGGUGCCAUGGGCACAGCACUUGCUUCGCAAUACCUAUCACACAACUACAAAACCACAGUGUGGAACCGCUCUCCGGAAAAAGCCAGACCCCUCGUUGACAAAGGCGCCAGCCACGCAUCAAGCAUCCCCGAUGCCCUCCUCAACGACCUCAUCAUCAUCUGUCUUGUUGAUAACCCCUCUGUGACACAAACUCUUACCCCGGCAUUAUCAUCUCUGACUGGUAAAACCAUCGUCAAUCUCACCAACGGCACUCCGAACCAAGCUCGUGAAAUAUCCUCCCUGGUUACAUCCCACGGCGCACGAUAUAUUCAUGGUGGAAUCAUGGCUGUCCCUGCUAUGGUUGGCACCCCGCAUGCUGUACUUCUGUACAGUGGUGAAUCUGAGGAGACUUUCAACACUAUCCAGGGUGAUUUGACCCUCCUCGGAGCGCCUAAGUAUCUCGGGGCUGAUGCCGGGUCGGCCUCGUUACAUGAUCUCGCACUUUUGUCGGGGAUGUAUGGUCUUUUCUCUGGAUUUUUCCAUGCAUCCGGCUUGGUGAAGUCCAAGGGAACAUCAGUGUCUGGGUUCCUGGACCUAUUGAAGCCAUGGCUAGGCGCGAUGACCGCAUAUCUGGGUAUAUUGGCCAAGCAGAUUGACGAGGGAAAGUAUGAGACGGAGGGGUCGAAUUUGGCGAUGCAGUUAGUGGCUAUCCAGAAUAUUGUGGCAGCUGGCGAGGAACAGGGUGUUUCGUCCGAUUUGAUUUUUCCAAUCCGAGGCCUCAUAGAGAGGGCAGUGGCAGAUGGACAGGGUAAAGCUGAUCUGUCAGCGUUGAUUGAGUACAUGGGUGGGAAAAAUUAG